AAUGGGUUGUUGUUUUUUUGGCUGAUUGAUUUGCUUGAUCCACUUUUUUUUGUAUUGAUUUUAAAUUUCUAUUAAACAAUUUCAAUAAAACAGAAAACAGAAAAACGAAAUCCAUAAAUUGAUUAAUGGCACCACAGAAUGUUUACAAUCCAUUAACAAUAAACGAUAACCAUAACGAUAAUAAUAAUCGUAAAUGUCGACAUGUUGAAAGAUUGGUUCAUAUUCAUGAUAAUAGUCAUGAUGAUAAUGAUGAAAAAUCAGGUAAACAAUCAAAUCAUUAUUGCCGUUGGUCUGAUACAAUUGUUACUUAUGUUAAUCAUUGUCGACAACAACAACAACAACAACAAUAUCAUCAGUACAAUUCUAUAAUGAAAACUAAUAAUACAACAACAACCGAAUUGUCACCGGUUUCAAGCUAUACUACCAAUAAUGAUGAUGAUGACCAAAAUACAAUUACAACAAUAAUAACCAAUAAUAGUAAUGAAAAUUCCAAUUGUAAUCAUAUUGAUACAUUAAUUGAAUCACGAAAAAAAUGGCCAGUUGGUAUAACAACACGAUCAGCAAUACGUAUGAUGCGUUCAUCGUGUGGUCAUCAUCAUCAUCAUUAUAAUGGUGCAGAAUCAUCAUCAUCAUCAUCAAAAUCAUUAUUAAUCAACGAAAAAAAUCCAAUAACAAAAAAACGAAAAGAAAAGAGCCAAUCAUCAACCGAACUGGCAUCUUGUCAGCAGAUAAAUAAAAGACCAAAUGAAAUUCGUUUAAAGAAAUUAAAAUCAUUUCGUGUACUUGUAUUUGGUUCGAUAAAUAAACAUAAUAAUAGUAUGAAUAAUGGUAGAAUAGGAGGUAAUCAUUAUAAUUAUAAUGGUCAACGUUUUGAUAAUAAUUUUUUAAAAAAAUGUCGUCAUAAUUUUAUUAUUGAAUCAACAAAUUCAACGAAAAAAAUUAACAAUAAUAUUGAUUUAAUUUCAACAUAUAAUAUUAAUUAUGCUUGUGAUUUAUCUAAUGUUUAUUUGGAACUAUGUUUUCUCAAAUGGCCCGAUUCAUUUCAAACCAAAUCUGAAUUUUAUCAACAAACAUUUGCCAAAUAUUUUGCUAUGACCAAUAUUGCAAUUGGUUAUUAUGAUCCAGAUGAUUUAGAAUCAAUUGAACAUAUGCAAUCAUGGAUUAAAGCAUUUUAUGAUUAUCAUUAUCGUAAUAAUAAUAAUAAUAAACAACAACAACAAUCAAAAAUCAAUACGAUUAUUAUUCGAAUUGAAGAUUCGACAAGUACGAAAAAUUUUCGACAAAGAUUAUUACGAAAAUCAAAUGAUCAUCAAUCAUAUGAUCAUGUAAUAUCAUCAUCAUUAAAUCAAUAUAGUAAAACAAUGUAUCAUAUGACUAUAAAACAUCGUUUAUUUGGACGACGACCAUCAUUAAAACCACUGUGGAAAAUAAUGUAUUUAAUAAUUACUAUGGAUUGUAUGACAAGUAAAAAAUAUUUACCGGAUGAAAAUUCAUUGAUUAUUGAUCGUAUUGAAAAUGUUGAACGACGAUGUUGUCUUUAUCAAUCUCAUCACAAUAGCACCAAUGGUCAAGAAACAUUUGGUAAAUUGAUUGGUCGUUUUAUACGGAAUUUAACCAAUGGAAUUUGGAAACGUUUCAAACAACAACAACGACAAUCAUCGAAUCAUUGGUUUUAAGAAACAUUUUUUCAUCUUUUUUUUCGUAAAUUUAAUUUAUAAAUAAUU